AUGCCAACUCGGCAAGAAGUCUCCUACUUUGGGGCGGGUCCCGCUCCUCUGCCCACCAGCGUCGUCGAGGCUGGCGCGCGCGCCUUCGUCAACUUCAACGAUUCCGGACUCGGUCUCGGCGAGAUCUCGCACCGCUCCCCCACCGCCAACAAGAUUCUUGAAGAUGCUAAGGCCAACCUCACCUCCCUCCUCGACAUUCCGGAAAACUAUGAAAUUCUCUUUAUGCAGGCCGGUGGCAGUGGCGAGUUCAGCGCUGUCGUCCACAACCUGGUCUCGGUCUGGGUGGAGCGCCGUCGUCGCCGCGCAGAGGCCGACGUGCUGAAGGCCAACCCCGGCGCGGAGAAAGCUGCUGUGGAUGAGCUGGUUUUCCAACGCUUGCAGAAGGAGGUGGAUGAGGAGCUGAAGCUGGACUACCUGGUGACUGGAUCCUGGUCACUGAAGGCUUCUCAAGAAGCUGCUAGACUGGUCGGGUCCAAGUACGUCAACGUCGCUCUGGAUGCCCGCAAGGCGAAUGACGGCAAGUUCGGCACCAUUCCGGCGGAGAACACCUGGUCCUUGACUCCCACCAAGAAAGAGGGCGGCAAGGGCUCUGCUUUUGUCUACUUCUGUGACAACGAGACUGUCGACGGUGUCGAGUUCCAGAGCUUCCCCAAGGUGCUAGAAGCCCAAGGCCAGGAUGCGGAAGAUGAACGUCUCGUUGUGGCCGACAUGAGCUCCAACUUCAUCAGCCGAAAAGUUGAUGUCAGCAAAUACGCUGUCCUUUUCGGUGGUGCCCAGAAAAACAUCGGUACUGCAACCCCUCCCGCCGCGCUCUUGCAUCGCCUGAACAUUGGCGGUCUUCCCGGUCCCGUUGUCCUGGACUACGCCACUAUCGCCAAGAACAACUCCCUCUACAACACCCUCCCGAUAUUCAACCUCUGGAUUGCUGGCCAAGUCAUGGCCGACCUCACUGCGGCCUUCGGUGCCCAAAAAGUCAGUGGACAAGAACAGAUUGCCGACCACAAGGCAGCUCUUAUCUACGGGGCACUCGACAAGUAUCCUCAGGUGUACCGUGUUGUCCCCGACAAGAGCGUUCGCAGCCGUAUGAACAUUUGUUUCCGGGUCUGCGGCGGAGAUGAUGCUAAGGAGAAGGAGUUCAUUGCCGGUGCCGAGAAGCGCCUGCUUCAAGGUCUCAAGGGCCACCGCAGCGUUGGCGGUAUGCGUGCCAGCAACUACAAUGCCGUUCCCCUGGAGAAUGUUCAGAAGCUAGUGCAAUAUCUGGAGGACUUUGCCUCGACCCAGUAA